CCGCGCACUUUCAGAGUGUCUCACAGUGUCUCAAGAUGAUGCUUCUGCUCGUCUUAAUUUUAACCAUACGGGCAGAACCGGGCCGGUGCCAGCAGGACGGGGACGACCCGGUUUUCACUUUUGACGAAGAAAUCCACAACUUCGCCACGGACGCCGGCGCGGUUUACGUCGCCACGGAGAAGAAGCUGUACCAACUGAGGUCCGACCUGUCUCCGGUUCGGAAUCUGGACCAGAAAGGAAUCUUGAAGAACGUGGGCGAUCCGGGGGGCGCGCAGUUUUUCAGGAUUUUGGAGACGGAGGAUUCGAACGCAACCUUCGCUGUCAACAUUCUGGUGCCUUUUCCUGAUAACAGAACUUUGGUCACUUGUGGCGUGACGUCCGCCGACUGCGGCGUGACCGACAAUGAGUGCGGAUACUGCGAGGUUCUGGACCUGGAAGACAUUACGGAGGUUGUGUACAGCGAGAACGUGCUGGUGGGACCCUCCAAGAAAAUCCAAGCAUCCGUCGGCUUCCUGGUGACCGUGACGCAGCAGUCGGGUUUCCAGAUGUACAUUCUGGCGACUAAACAGAGCGACAAACCGGACAGCGAAGUGGUGAACCUCGCCAACACCAACGACGGCCAAGACGGGAAGAUCUUCUCCCAGGUGGUUUCAAACGGUAUUCCAGCCAUCAGAAGCGCGUGCCAGGUGGAGUUUGUGGACGGAUUUCAGCUCGGAGACAUCAUAUACCUGUUCGCCAACGUUCCUACUGCGCCCACAAGUAACAAGGUUCGAAUCCUGUGGCUCGAAAGCAAAAAGAAUAAAGCCGCCGUCUUCGGGUCGCUGCGCGGUGCGUCUCUGGAGUUCCCUGGAUCCGGAUCCGGCAGCAGACUCCUGGCCUCCUCUUUGGUAUCAGUUGGGAUGAAAAAUCUGUGGAGCGGCGUGUUCAGCGUGGAUGGAGGAGACACGAACACGCAGCUGGUUCUGUUCGACAUCAGCAGCAACCUCCCGAAGGAUGCUGAUUCAGAUUUUUGUGGGAAAAAAGGCCAACCGUUCAAAUCUCUGCAGCCGGAGAUUGUGCUCUUCAAACAGAUCUUCAUGACGAGUGUGCUGGCAGUGACACACAACAGCUGGAUGGUUUUCUUCAUCGGGACCAGAGAUGGACAGCUCAUCAAGCUUGUUGUGGACCAGAAGUAUCGCACCGCCUGUCCCAAAGUGCUCGACAGGGCCAGUCAUGAUCGAAAGACAUUUCCCAAAAUGCAUCUGGAUAAAACGGAUUCGAAACACUUCUACGUGGCAUUUGGAAAACAGAUAAAGCGUGUUCCUGUGUCAAGAUGCCACACAUACUCAACCCUACAGGAUUGUUGGGCUGCACAGGAUCCUUACUGCGUCUGGUGCAGCACUGCACAACGUUGCAUGAUUGACAGUGACUGCCUUGAUUCCAUGUGGCUGUCGAUACCUGAUGAUUUUUCACAAAAGAAAAUGGUCUCACAUAAAGUUGAAAAAAACAGCAGUGGACAGAUCAUGUUACACAUUCAAACACACCUGACAGCGGGCCAAGAUGCAAAGUCAAACUUCGCUUGUGAAUUCUCUCGAAAUUCCAUAUUGAGGUACAGCAUGGAGAGUCCUCCACCAAAGUUCCCACAAUGCACCCGCAUCCUCUCUACAAGCACAGUUCCUCAUGAAGGCAUCGAUGUUACAGUAAAGAUCAGACUUGGCAAGGAACAACUGUUGGAAGAACUGAAGCUAACCAACUGUUCUGACAUCAAGGGGACGCAAACUUCUGAUGUGUGUCGGCAGUGUGUCUCAGCUAGAUGCAGUUGGGGCAAAAGCGGCUGUUCGUGGGUUACUGCAGGACAUACGAGCGACAGUGAUUGCCACAUGCUGCCUUCAGGGUUGAAUUUAGCCAUACCAGAGAUCUCCUCCAUCACUCCCAGCACCGUGUCUUUCUACGGCAGGAACCACGCGGUCAUGACAGGUCGUAACCUCAGUGAUGUCAUCAGAGUGAGGAUCCAAGCCGACAUGGACUGCACAUCCAAAGAGUUUCCUGUGUGGAACAACACUGGUGGUAGUCUGAUGUUCCAUAUUCCAAGUGCUGGGACUAAGGGCGUGGUUAAACUAUGUGCUGUCCUCCCAGAUGGUAGUUGCCACGGCAAUGCUAAAAUCACCUACCGUUCAUUACCGUCCUGCAACAGAAUUACACCGCAGAGCACCUGGGUGAGUGGGAAGAGAAAGAUAACAAUUAGAGGAUACCAACUGGGGUUUGUGGAAGGGGUUGUACAUGACCACCACGGCCUACAGGAAGUCAGCCUUCCAACAAAACAAAACUCGGAGAAUCUAACCUAUGAAACACCUCCAGCCAAAAAUGCUCCCACUUUCAGCAUGAUAUUGGUGAAGGCUGGCAAUGAAACUGUCAACUGUUCCACAAUUAUGGCCUACUAUCCAGAUCCCAAGUUCACUACUUUCACAUCCAUGAAGAUCAGAGACAACAUACAGAUCACCAUAAAGAAAGAAGAUGAUAAAUUGGAAAUGAAGCCGGAAGAGGUGUUGGUGUGGGGAGUUCACAAAGGGAACCAGUACCCCUGCGAGAUAAAACCCGAAGAUACGAGUAACGCCACUGACUUUUUCAUCUGUGAUAUUCAAAGCACACCCAAAAUGGAAAUUCAGUAUAUACUGAUAAAAUAUGGAGACAAAACUGUAAGAGUUGACCAGCAGUCUUCAGCACAACUGUUCCUUGUAACGAUAGGUGCACUUUUGCUGAUACCGUGCAUUUUCAUUGUGGUGUUCAUCAUCUACCGAAGGAAACAGAAGAAGUUUACAGCCAAGAUGAACAAGCGCAUGGAAGACCUGGAGCUUGACAUCAGGAAUGACAUCAGACAAGGUUUUGUGGAUCUGCAGACAGAGAAGGCUGACCUGAUGGAAAAUGUUGGGGCAGUACCAUUCCUGGACUACAAACACUUCGCCUCCAGAAUCUUUUUUCCUGAGAAUGAGCAGUUGAUGAAGUUGUGUCUCAAAGACAUUGGUCAGGACUUGGGGAAUGUCCAACCUCACAAGUGUUGCCAAGCCUUGUCCAGGCUGAUCAAAGACCGACUCUUCCUCACCUCCAUGGUCCACGCUCUGGAGGAACAGAAGAGCUUCGGCAUCAACGAGAAGUGUACGCUGGCGUCACUUCUCACCGUGGCGCUCCACAGCAACCUGUCGUACUUGACUGAGGUGAUGGAGGUUCUGCUGAAGGCUCUGAUGCAGCAGAACAGCAACACUCAGCCCAAGCUGCUCCUGAGGCGCACGGCGUCCACAGUGGAGAAGCUGCUCACCAACUGGAUGUCCAUCUGCCUCUACGGAUUCCUUCGGGAGAGCGUCGGGCAGCACCUAUUCCUGAUGGUAAGCGCUCUCAUGCAGCAGAUCGCCAAAGGCCCGGUGGACAGCGUGACGGAGAAAGCGCUCUACACACUCAGCGAGGACUGGCUGCUUUGGCAGGCUCAGGACUUCAGCACUCUGAAGUUGAAGGUGCUGUUUGCAGUGGGAACCGAGGGCGAGGUCAGUGAACCUUUGGAGGUCAAAGCCCUCAGCUGUGACACAGUCGGGCAGCUCAAAGAGAAAAUCCUCACCACCUUCAAAGCCAAGUUUGGAUUCCCCUACAACCCCUCGCUCAGGGAUAUCUGUGUCGAAUACGAGAAGGAUGGAUUGUUUAUUCCUCUCCAGGAGGUGGAUGAGACCUCUGAGGUUCUUGGGGAGGUUACGAUGCUCAACACCCUGAAGCACUACCAGGUGCCUGAUGGAGCAUCAAUCAAAGUGCUUUCUAGGAAAACUCAUCCUACUCUGAGUCAACAAGGAAGCAUCAAAGAUGAUCAAGACUUUUCUGGAAAGUAUUUCCACUUGAUUGACCCUGAUGUAGAGAAGGACCAAAGAAAAAACCCAGAGAGGAAGAAACUUAAAUUGAAAGAGGUUUAUCUCACUAAGCUGGUCUCUACCAAGGUGGCGGUGCAUUCAUUUGUGGAGAAUCUCUUCAUGUCUAUCUUGGGGACAACACAAGGCAGAGCACCACAUGCCGUGAAAUACUUCUUUGACUUCCUGGAUGCUCAAGCAGACAACAUGAAGCUCACUGACCCAGAUGUCCUCCACAUCUGGAAGACCAACAGUUUGCCUCUGCGUUUCUGGGUCAACAUCCUGAAAAACCCUCAGUUUGUUUUCGACAUGGAGAAGACGCCACACGUGGACGGCUGUCUGUCUGUCAUUGCUCAGGCCUUCAUGGAUUCCUUCUCCCUCAGUGACACCCAGCUAGGAAAGUAUUCACCGACCAAUAAGCUUCUCUAUGCAAACGACAUUCCCAAGUACAAACAGGAAGUGAAGGCGUAUUACAAACAAGUUCAAGAUGAACCACCAAUCACAGCCUUUGAAUUCAAGGAGUUUCUGCUGGAGGAGACAAAGAAACAUGAAAAUGAAUUUAACGAAGAUGCAGCCCUUCGAGAGCUCUACAAAUACAUACAGCAAUACUUCAUACAGAUCAAACAGAAGUUGGAUCAAACCGGCGCUCCUGCUGAGCUGAAGGAGCAACUAAAUCUUGUUAAAAACCUGUUUGAUGGAACAAAGAGUUGCUCCUGGAACUGAGCUUCGUAUCUUUUCCUUUAAAGGAACUCUGCUGAUCUACAAGUAAGACAAAGACAGAAAAAAAAGCUUUAAUGUCGCACUCAAGAGGACCAACAGGAUCAGAACAAUAAGACUGAUGUGACACACUGCCUACCUUAGAAGGGUGAAAGGUUUUGCAGAAACUCGCACCUGGAAACUAAGAUCAGAGUUACAGACUUGGUACUUGAGCGGGGGGGACCUUUUAAGGGUUCUUUCCACUAACCUGUCAGGUUUUGAAAUUUCCCAGCCCUGUUCUAUUUUUCACUGUGCUUUGAAAGGAGGAUACAAAAUGUUCAGCGGCUUCUCACUGCAAACAGCGCUCCACAUGCAGGCUGAUGCAGUGAAACCAACCAAACAGUGAGAACAUUUACAAAUCAACGCACAAUUUUAAACAUAAAUUUGCAUUUGCAACUGGAAAGGGCAGACUUCUGUGCUGCAGUUGACACAUCAAAGACAUCCAGUUUAGCCUUUAAUCAGCCACGUGCUCCACUUCGACCCCACAAGUUCAAGAAAUGACUGAUUUGAGAACAACUCCUGGCCAAGCACCUUCCACUGGAAGCAGUGCCCCCUGGUGGUGGAAACACCUGAAUAACGAGUAUGUUUUUUUUUAAUAAGCUCUUUAAUUUGGAAUUUUUGUGCAUUGUUGUAAGUGUACUUUUAUUGAUGGAGUUUAUUUUGUUUAGUGCACUGAUACCUGGAAAAGUGCUGAAUAAAAUUAUUAUGAAACUUGUGAUUGUUCAGUAUAUAAGUCACAGGACCUCUCAAACUAGU